AUGGCCGAUAUCACCGCCGUUGGUGAGGAGAACCCUUCGCCCACUCAGGACGACCUGCAGCAGGCCGCCGGUAACGGCGCCACUGACAACCGCGGUACCAAGCGCAACCGCAUGAGCGCCGACGACGACGACGAUGAUGAGGACAAGACCGGUCGCGAGCGACGAAAGAUUGAGAUCAAGUUCAUCCAGGACAAGUCGCGUCGCCACAUUACCUUCUCCAAGCGGAAGGCGGGUAUCAUGAAGAAGGUGCGUAGUACCUCCGCGACCGAACCAAGCACCCUCUGCUUUCUGCACCACCCGCCAUAUGGUCUAUGCUUAAUCGAUCCUAUUGUCAAUUACCUUGCCGUCUUCUGUCUCGACCGAAGCAUACGAACUCUCCGUCCUCACGGGUACUCAAGUACUUCUUCUGGUCGUGUCCGAGACCGGCCUCGUCUACACCUUCACAACCCCCAAGCUGCAGCCACUGGUUACGAAACCCGAAGGAAAGAACCUCAUCCAGGCCUGCCUCAAUGCCCCCGAUCCCGCUACCAACGAGAACGGUGUCGAGGCCCCCGAGGUCCCUGCCGAGACACCUGA